CAGAACAGAGACAUGAAGAGGAAAUGGAGGAUUUAAAGUGUAAAUUACAAUUAACGUUAGAGGAACUCAGUAAAUCAAAAUCUGUUAUCGAUCAGACGCUGGGUGAAAACAAGGAUCUUGUCAAUAAACUGACGUUAUCGGGUCAGCUGGACCACGAUUACACUCUUCUUAAACAAGAUUUAAAAAAUACACUUGACGAUAAAUCAAAAUUAGAAAAGACGGUAAAAAAUUUAGAACAAAAACUCUUUGAGCAAAUGCAACAAGCAGACGACGAAUUCGAGGAGGAGCGAGCACAGCGAAUAGAUCUAGAGAAGAAACUUUGUGAGUACAGCGACUUAGAAACGGAAAUUUUCACGGUGCGAGAAGAAUUAGAGAACGAGAAAAGAGAAAAGUUGGAGUUGAAACAAAGUUUACAGGAAUACGAAGAUUUACUCGAAGAUCAGAAGACGGAACAUGAAAACGUACAGCUAGAUUUAGAGGCCAAAGUGAAAUGUUUAGAGAAGAGAAGUCAAGAAUUACAAGAUGAUUUAUUCAGUGUUCAAGAUGAAUUACAAAUCGCCAUUGAUAAUACUGAAAAGGCCAAUAAAGAAUUAGAAGUUACAAAAGUAGAAUUAAGUGAAAGAUUAUCUAUACAACCUCAGUCAAUAAAAUCCGUCCAUAGUGCAAUACCUGUUAGAUGUAAUGGUAAUAUAAUAGAGAAUAACAAAUCAAACAAGGAUGUAGAGAGUUCUUCACCUACUAAAUUGAGUCCGUCCCUAGAAAACCAAAAGAUGCCGUCCCACAUGUUCAGUGAUAAAAUAGAAGCAGUGACAUUAGAAUUAACGACAUCGAAAAAACAUCUCGAAGAAACAUUAGAAGAUGUAGAAUUGUAUAAAACGAAACUUGAACAAUUAGAAUUGGAGUUGGAUUCCUCGCACGAAAAGUUAGUUCAGUCCCAGACGGCCGUGGAACAAUUACAAAAUCAGAACGAACAAUUACUGAUUCAAAAAGAACAAUUGCAGAGUCAGAAAGGACAGUUGCAGGAAUUGAUAAACAUGGGUAAGGAUGAAACGGACAUGGUGUCGCCAGAAAAGCCAGUCGAGAACGAUUUACCCGUGCAAAAUUUACAAAUGGCUCAGAGUUUACUCUUGGCUGAAAAACAAGUCAUGGAAAUGCAGACGACGUUAGAGGUGACCAAAAGUGAGUUAUGUGAAACCAAAGAUAAACUAAAAGCUGUUGAAUUAGAAUAUUGUGCGUUAAAAACGUCAAUAGAUCAUAAACAGACGACGUCGCUGUACGACGUGGAAGAAAAACAGCAACAUUUAGAUCGUAUAAAAUUGCUGGAAGAAAUAUCCCGUCAACUUGAAUUAGAUAACAGAGAAAUGGCCAAGAAGUUAUCUGAGACAUUAUCUCAAACAGAAGAUAUUGAAACAAAACUUGAAAGAGAAAGACAACGAAAUUCAGAUAAUAACAAUUUGGGUACGAGACAUAGUCGUCAAUUGGAGGAGGAGUUAGAUACAGCAACGAAACAGAUUCGUACAUUGAGGGAAGAUUUACAUGAGGAACAAGCGAAAGUAUUUCGUCUGGAAGCGGAGAACGUGGGACAAAAGGCUAAAUAUGACAGUAUAGUCACCAGAUUGGAGACAGAGGUAGCGGAUAUGAAAGAAUUCCAUCGAAAAGAAAUGGAUAGUUUAACCAAUAAAUUGGAAGCUUCCAACACAGAAGCACAGGAACUACGAAGUCAAAUACGAGAUAAAGAACAGGAAUUAUUGAAUCAAGAGACUGAAACGGCCAGAAUGAAAUCAUCUUUAGAUAGAGUUGAAGCUCAAGUUGAAACAGAAAUUAAAUUACGGACCAACAUGGAGAAUAGAAAUAAACAGCAAGAACAAGAAAUGACCAAGGUUUGGGCUCAAGUCAGGACUAUGAUGGAAAAAUGUUCAAAACUAGAAAACACCAAACAUUGUUUAGAAGAGGAAUUAAGUCGGCUGAUGUCGUCUACGAGACAAGCAGAAACGAUAUUUAUACAGAAGUCAGCUAGUCAAGAAUCAAAUAUUACAUCGUUAGAGAUGAGAACGGAACAAGCCGAGAGAAAGAAUGAAAAGUUACAGAGAGAUUUAGAUGAUGCUUGUAAAAAUUUAAAAACAAUGGAAGAAAAAGUACAGAAUACAGAAUCAAGUCAUUUACAACUUGAAGAUCAACAAGAUUUUAUCGUAAAACUUAGAAAUCAGUUGGAAAGUGAAAGAUUACAAAGAACUUUGUCAGACCAGAAUGUAGCAGAAUUAAGACAUCAAGUGACAUUAUUAAAACAGCGCGAGAGUAAAUUGUCAGCUGAAAAUAGAGAAUUACAACAUACUAUAUUAGAUCUAGAAUCACGAAUAACGUAUUUACAAGAUGAAAAAGAAAAUGAUUAUGAUAUGAAACAUCAAAUGUCAGAAAGUGGUAAACAAAAUCUGAUGAGUCAAAUUGUAAAUCUGCGAGAGGAGGUAAAAAUUCUUCAGUACGAAUUACUCUCCGCUAACGAAAAGCAAGAAAUGCACGAAAAACGAUACGAAAACCGCAAGUUACGAACCAAAGAGAAAUUGCUGAAAGCCAGAGAGUAUUAUAGUACUGAAAGAUCAAGACUACGUGAUCAAAUGGAAGUAAUGGAUGAAGAGUUACGAUUGUCGCGUGCCACGUUACGUAAAGAAGCCGAAUGGAGGGACAAGAUGGAUGCCAAUUACAAACAUAUUUUACAAGAGAAACGAGAAUUGAUAACAAAUGCUAUGGAUUAUUUACAGGUUGACGGAUCUGGAGGAGACGUUACGAGACCGAACCCGGACUCUAUCCAUGUCACAAGUCCGCAUGCAACAUAUCGAAGAAGAGAAUUCCCGUUUACAAGUACAUCUCGAAUCUCAGAAUAAUCAACGAAGUAGUGUCAAGAGAAAUAAUUCAACAAAGAAGACGGAUGACGGUACUGGUGAUGAUAAUGAACAAGGUGAACAUGAAAACAGUAUGGACUCUAAUGGUUGGGAUCCUGAUCACAUGGGAGAUGGAGCCAUUACGAUACUAAAUAAUAAAUCACCCCGAUUUAAAGGA